UACUCAUUGGUUGUUAGAAUCAACUAUUAUGUGCUUUGAUACAGUACCUAUUCAAAGGCCCACAGUUUUGUAAUAGGCCAUCUGCAACCCACUGCUAUAUUAAAGUAAAUAACUUACAAGGUAGUGCCUGUUACAUGACAACAAUGGAUAAGAUUAUGAUGUUAGUAAUUCUAUUAUUCUGUAACAUAUCUAAAGCAGUGAGAAUUGAACACCAGCCAGUGGACCGUUCAGUAGCAGAGAAAAAACGAGUUCAUUUUACAUGCACUUUCAAAGACAUCAACGACAACAUGGAAGGCAAAUAUGAAGUCAUUUGGACUAAAGAUACUUACAUCAUCAGUGAACUUAAUGGAUUUAAUCUAAAGAGGUUUAAAUUUGAAAAUCUCUUUGCAGAAAAAGAACACGUUGUAAGAAUUAAUCAUGUCAAUAGAAAGGACAAGGGAGGGUACCAGUGUCACUUACGGUAUAAUAAUGACAUCUUGUUGACAUCCAACACUGGAAAACUCACCGUUCGCGAAAUACCAUCAGAUAGAUAUCCACUUGUUAAACUUGAUAAAGAAAUUUACAGACCCGGAGAAGAGAUUGCAGUAAGUUGUGUGUGCGAAAACACAAACCCUGAACCAACACUUGAAUGGGAUCCAACAACACAAACCCUGCUACAAAGUACAAUUAUCAAGAAAAAUGAUUCACUCAUUUGGAUUGAAGCAACAGUGAUUGCAUCUACUGCUGUCAAUGGUUUAGUCCUUACAUGUUUAUUACACGUAGAAGACGAACCUGUCCCUAGAGAUCAAAGUAAACACCUCGACAUUAAUAAUGGUGAUUUUCAAAUUACAACGACUGUUCUAACAACAACAGUAAUUCAACAUGAAAAAAAUCUUUCGUUAACACCUCAAAUAACAAAUUAUGAAAAAGAUUCAAAUGAAGUUGAUUUUAAACAAUGGCGUUUACUUGUUUUGAUAAUUACUUUUGCUCUUACCACCUGCGUAUCGUUCGUGGUAAUUGUAAUUUUAAUAGUUUAUAAUAGGAAAAAGAAUAAAUUAUAUAAAACCAUGCAGGAAAAGUGUGAAGCCUCCGAUUAUUCAACCUCAUUCCUACCAGAGGUGAAACGUGAAAAAGAAAUGGCGAGUAUGUCUAGUAAUGCCUUCCAUGAUCAGGCAACAUAUGAAACUAACGAUGAAUCAAUCCCAUUCCUACUGGAAAUGAACUGUGAACAAGAUUCGAAGAGUAUGUCUAGUAAUGAAUCUAUUGAUCAGGCAACUACCAAUGAAUCAACUUCAGUCCAAUUGAAAUUGAACCGUGAACAACAUUUGGCGAGUAUAUCUAGUAAUGAAUCUCAUAAUUAUGCAACCAGUGAAACUACCACAUUACUAAGGCACAGGAACAUUAAAACAAAAUAUUCGUUAAGUAGUUAUAUCGGCCCAGGGCCACCUUAAGUACGGUCAACUGAUAAAAUGAC